AACAACAAUAAGAUGAGCUUAAAACAAGUGGAAAAAAGUUGGUUCACAUGGCUGCUGGCCAGUCUGAUGGUAGUGGUUCUGUUGUUAUCCAUGACAGAGCCAGUUGCAUCACAGUCCAGAAAUAGAAAUAGCACUCUAAUGAGAUAUUAUUGUAGUAUGUACAAAGGUCUAAGCCCGACUUAUUUCUUGAGCAACCUCAACACCACCCUUUCUAGUCUCCGUCAGCAACUAUCGGUCAAUGGUGUGCGCUAUGCGGAUGCACGCACUUUGCUCAAUGGUGAGUCUGUGUGGGGCCUUGCUUCUUGUCGCGGUUACGUCUCUACUGCUAAUUGUGUUGCUUGUUUCAACUAUGCUGUUGCUCAGCUAAAAGUAUGUGGGCUUGGCAAUGGAGCUCAGGCUUAUUACAAUGACUGUGAUGUCAGGUAUGAGAAUAAUAACUUUUAUGCCGACGCUAAUAUCCGGGCUGGUGUGGUAAUAUGUGGCAAUACGGCAUCACCACAAUCUGCAAACUUUAAGAAAACAGUACAACGUUUGAUGUCCGAUCUUCAAACCGCUGCUCCAAAAGCAUCAGAUUAUUAUGCCGCUUCAACAAGACGGGUAAUUAACGGUAACGGUACUGUGUAUGCCAUUGCACAAUGUAAUCUAAACUUAAGCCAAAGCGUGUGUCAAGAAUGCUUAAAUUCCCGAUACAGUUCUUUAGAUGCUUGCCUUCCUGGCACAAAUGGGAGGGCUGUUGACAAUGGAUGUUUUAUGAGGUAUUCCAGUACUCCGUUUUUUGGACUAAACCAGACUACUGAUCUCACUCCUUUCCUUGGGGAUGGAGAUUCAAGUAAGAAAAUAUCCAUAAUUGGGGGUGUUGUUGGAGGCGUAUGCUUUCUGUUGCUAGUACUUGCAUUUUCUUUAUGGCGUCUCCGAUCAAAAAAUGCUAUUAGUAGCCAUCAAGACAAAUCAACUGGAUCAACGGAAAUGCUUCAUGGUCCCAGAAAAUAUAGCUAUGGUGAUUUAAAAAUAGCCACAGAUAAUUUCAGUGAUGAGCACAAACUUGGAGGAGGGGUGUUCGGUGAAGUAUAUAAGGGCACUCUCAAGGAUGGGAAUACGGUUGCAGUUAAGAAAACAGCAAUGGCCUCUAUUUCAGGAAAGAUGCAAGAACUUAAGAUUAUAAGUAAUGUUCACCACCGACAUCUUGUACGCCUUCUAGGAUAUUGUAACAAAGGGCCAUUUUUAUUUCUGGUACAUGAGUACAUGGACAAUGGUAGUCUUGAUCAAUUCCUCUAUGGUGACAAAUCAAUGAACCUAAAUUGGAGACAAAGGUUUGAAAUAAUCUAUGGGACAGCGCGGGGUCUUGCAUAUCUACAUGAGCAAUACCACAUUACCAUCAUUCAUAGGAAUAUAAAAACGAGCAACAUUCUACUUGAUAACGAAUUUCAGCCCAAAAUUGCUGAUUUUGGGAUGAUAAGGCUACUUCCAGAAGAUAAGACUCAUCUGAGCACCAAGGUGGCAGGAUCCAUGAAUAGUGGUUACGUUGCACCAGAAUACGCUGUUCAUGGGCAAUUAUCUGAGAAGGUGGAUACAUACAGCUUUGGUAUUGUGGUCCUUGAAAUUAUUAGCGGGAAAAGGUGUGACUAUGUCAUAGAUGAUGAAGCAGUUGGCCAAAGUCUCCUUGAUUACGCAUGGGAUCUGUAUGAUAGAGGCACACAUUUGAAUCUUGUGGAUAGAAGACUAGACCCUACUGAAUAUGCAAAAGAUGAUACGAAGAAGAUCAUAGAGAUAGCAUUGAUGUGCACUCAGUCACCGAUUUCCGCAAGGCCUACAAUGUCUGAAGUUGUGACACUAUUAAGUGACAAAUCACUAGAUGAAAUGUCACCAAUAAGGCCUACCAGUCACGAAGAUGGCAUAAAUAUUAAAGUUGACACUUCCUCCAACAUUCAACUUUCUGGACGUUAAAGUACCUUGUACUUCAUAUGAGUCAGAUUACAUGUUAUAUAUGUGUAAUAAGAUUAUCUCAAAGUGUUUGUACCUAUGUUUUCUCAUUUGAUUGUAUCCCCUAACUCUUGAUAAUACAUUGUAGCUAUUUGUGGCUCUA